CUCCAUUAUCCCUUCACUCAGAUCAUCCUUGGCCUGGGCGUCAGCCCUCAAUAUGAAGACAUUGAUCCUGUGUUUCAUACACGGAUUCAAGGGUGGUGAGGACACCUUCGGACUCAAAUCUCAGUUCACAAAUGACUUGCGCUCUCUCGUUCAGGAUGAGCUCCCUAAAAUCGACGUCAAAGUUCUUAUAUACCCGAAGUAUGAGACGAAGGGGGACCUGGGCGACUGCGUGAGUCGCUUUCGCGACUGGCUGCUCGAAAAAGUCAUCGACCUCGAGGUAGCUGCCGGAACCCCUUCCCCCACGGUGGACCCCUCCGUGCGUACCAUUCUCCUCGGACACUCCAUGGGCGGCAUCGUAGCCGCCGAGACCGUCAUAGGUCUCACCGCCGACCAUCCCAUAUACACCGAAGACGGCAUCGAGAAAUCUACCGAAGCACCCACUUCGCUCAACGCCCUCAUGUUCCCCUACAUCCAGGGCGUCCUCGCCUUCGACACGCCCUACCUAGGCAUCUCCCCUGGUGUCGUCGCCCACGGCGCCGAGGACCACUACACGACCGCUUCGGCCGCCCUGACCCAGCUAAGCGGCCUCGGCACCGCGCUCUGGGGCGCCACCUCCAAGUCAGGCGCCGGCGCCGCCUCGUCCUCGAGAAGCAACACCCCCCGUGCCGCCCUACCACCACCACCGCCGCCGCCGCCGCCGCCGCCGACAAACGACCAGCAGAGGCAGCAGCAGCAGCAGCAGCAACAACAACAAGACCAACAACGGCAAGCCUCCCCCUGGGCCAAAUGGGGCAAAAUCGCCGCCAUAGCAGGGGGCGCCGCCGCCGUCGCCGCGGGCGGGGCAGCCGCCUACAUGAACCGCGACCAGCUGACGCAAGGGUGGACGUGGGCGACCUCGCACCUCGAGUUCGUGGGCUGCCUCGCGCGGGGCGCCGAGCUGCAGAAGCGCGUGCGCUACAUGGCGCGCCUGAGCCAGGAGCUCGACGUCGGCUUCGCCAACCUCUACACGCGGCUCGGGCGCGCCGCGGGGUCCAGGGAGGUCGGUGUUGUCGGCACCGUGCUGGGCAGGGACCGGACUUUCUGUAACUUGCCCAAACACCAUAACCGCCGGGGGGGCGACGGGGACGUGGGCGCCGUGGGGUUGUGGCGGGAGGCUGUGAAUGACGCUGCUACGGACGAGACGCUGGCGCACACGUCCAUGUUUGAGCUCGCGCUGAACCCGGGGUAUGAGGCCUUGGCUGAGGAGGCGAAGGCGCUGAUUGUGAAGUGGACGAAGAACGAGUGGUAUGAGCGUAGCGGGCCCGCCUUGGAAAUUCAAAUGGGUCCGGAUCCGGAUGGAGGGGAGCAGCAGAGGCCGGUUGGGCAGGCGCCGGGGCCUGGGCCUGGGCCUGGGGUGUCGAGGGGCGGGACUUUUGGGCUGGAAGAUAACCCUUGGGCAUGACAAUGGUUGAUAAACAAGAGUUGUAUUAAGAAUAGGGCGCCAUGUUGGCUAAGUGAUUCCCAGCCCUUCUUUUUGUUCCCCCAAAAUACCCAUGCGACCGACGAACCUACCCAUUCUAUAUUUGUAUCGUUUCG